CGGGACCUGCAGAGCGCGACCGGGGCGCCCGGGGGAAGGAGCCGCCCGGCAGCUCCAGCCCAGAGCCCUGCGCGCGGCUGCGGGCCCGGCGACAGGCUCGGCCCCUUGCCCAGCCCCGGGAUGCGGAGCGAUGAAGCCCGGCCCUAGAGCCCCGCAGCGGGGACCCGGCGGCGGCUGUGAGGGCCUGGGCUCCAGCCUGAGCCAGGAGAGGAAGGGCAGGAAGAUGCAGCCACUGCCCUGUGCCCUGCUGGGCCUCCUGGCAGCGAUGACAACAGGGGCUCAAGCAGUUGCUUCCCCCGGAAGGACAAUGGAGCCAGCGCUGUUUGAGAGCCGCCUGCUGGAGACGGAGGAGCACCUCCUGCUGGACCCCGGCCACGUGCUGAGGCUUCACUGCGAUGACAACCACAGCCUGGGCGUCACCUGGUACAAGGAGGCCAAGCAGCUCUUCCCAGGCGGGCGCGUCCGCAUCUGGCAGCGCACGCUGGAGAUCGCCGAGGUCGCCUAUGAGGACUCGGGGCUCUACAUGUGCCGGGCGCAGGACACUGGACAGAGUCUGCGCAACUUCACCAUCUCCAUUGUGGACUCGCUGGCCUCGGGGGACGAUGAUGAAGACAGUGACGGGGACGGUUCCCUCGGUGAUUCAAACGAGGAGCCCACUUACCGCAGAGCCCCGUAUUGGACGCAGCCGCAGCGGAUGGAUAAGAAGCUGUAUGCCGUCCCUGCGGGAAACACGGUCAAGUUCCGCUGCCCGGCGUCGGGGAGUCCCAACCCCAGCAUCCGCUGGCUAAAGAACGGGCGGGAGUUCCGGGGCGAGCACCGCAUCGGCGGCAUCCGGCUCCGGCCCCAGCACUGGAGCUUGGUCAUGGAGAGCGUGGUGCCCUCCGACCGGGGGAACUACACCUGCCUGGUGGAGAACCAGGCUGGCCGCAUCCACUACAGCUACUUGCUGGAUGUGUUAGAGAGGUCCCCGCACAGGCCCAUCCUGCAGGCCGGGCUGCCUGCCAACACCACAGCGGUGGUGGGCAGCGACGUGGAGUUCUUCUGCAAGGUGUACAGUGACGCCCAGCCCCACAUCCAGUGGCUCAGGCACAUCGAGGUGAACGGCAGCAGCUUCGGCCCCGAUGGGGUGCCCUACGUCCAAGUGCUCAAGACAGCCGACAUUAACAGCUCGGAGGUGGAGGUGCUGUACCUGCACAACGUCUCCAGGGAGGAUGCUGGGGAAUACACCUGCCUGGCCGGGAACUCCAUCGGCCUGUCCUACCAGUCAGCCUGGCUCACCGUGCUGCCAGCAGAGGAGCUAGUGCGGGAGGUGGAGGCCCCCGAGACCAAGUACACCGACAUCAUCAUCUACACGUCGGGCUCCCUGGCUGUCGCCAUGGCCGCCGUCAUCGUGGUGCUGUGCCGGAUGCAGACCCAGGCGAGCAAACAGCCCCUGGAGCCCGUGGCCGUGCACAAGCUCUCCAAGUUCCCACUCAUCAGACAGUUCUCCCUGGACUCAAGCUGCUCCGGAAAGUCCAGCACGUCCCUGAUGCGCGUCACCCGCCUCUCGUCCAGCUGCACCCCGAUGCUGGCCGGGGUCCUGGAGCUCGACUUGCCACUGGACUCCACGUGGGAGUUCCCCCGAGACAAGCUGGCACUGGGCAAGCCCCUGGGAGAAGGCUGCUUUGGCCAGGUGGUGCGAGCAGAGGCCUAUGGGCUGGACAGAGCCAGGCCAGACAGAGCUCUCACCGUGGCUGUGAAGAUGCUCAAAGACAAUGCCACGGACAAGGACCUGGCCGACCUGAUCUCCGAGAUGGAGAUGAUGAAACUGAUGGACAAGCACAAAAACAUAAUCAACCUGCUGGGAGUCUGCACGCAGGACGGGCCACUGUAUGUGCUGGUGGAAUUUGCCUCCAAGGGGAACCUGCGGGAGUUCCUGCGUGCCCGGCGCCCCCCCACGCCUGACUACACCUUCGACGUCGGCGCCAUGCCUGAGGAGCAGCUCUCCUUCAAGGACCUGGUCUCCUGCGGCUACCAGGUGGCCCGCGGCAUGGAGUACCUGGAGUCGAAGAGGUGCAUCCACAGGGACCUGGCCGCCCGCAACGUGCUGGUCACGGAGGAGAACGUGCUGAAAAUCGCUGACUUUGGCCUGGCCCGGGACGUCCACGACAUCGACUACUAUAAAAAGACCAGCAAUGGCCGGCUUCCCGUGAAGUGGAUGGCGCCCGAAGCCCUAUUUGACAGAGUGUACACGCACCAGAGCGACGUGUGGUCCUUUGGGAUUCUGAUGUGGGAGAUCUUCACGCUGGGGGGCUCCCCGUACCCUGGGAUCCCGGUGGAAGAGCUCUUCAAGCUGCUGAAAGAAGGGCACCGCAUGGACAAGCCUUCCAACUGCACCCAUGAGCUGUACAUGCUGAUGAGGGAGUGCUGGCAUGCCGUCCCCUCCCAGCGCCCGACCUUCAAGCAGCUGGUGGAGGGGCUGGACAAGAUCCUGGCAGCUGUCUCAGAGGAGUACCUGGACCUGUCCGUGCCCUUCGAGCAGUACUCCCCCUCCUGCGAGGACAGCACCAGCACCUGCUCCUCCGACGACUCCGUCUUCACCCACGACCCCCUGCCCAUCACCCCCUGCCUCUUCUCCUACCGCAGCGUGAGGACGUGAGGGGCCGCCCGGCACUGGCCUGCCUGCCCAGGGCGCCUUGGCUCUGGGGGGCUGGACAGCCUGGCAGCGGGGCUGGGAAUGACGAGGCAGCUCUUGCCCUCCUCCCGCCGCAGGGCACUGGAGAGAGCUGAGCAGCGGGAGUCUCUGGGCCCCCGCCCCAGCCUGCUCCUUGUGAGGGGUUGUCCUCGGCUGGCCUGGGGACUCCGUGUGGCCCACCUCCCCAGCCUCCUGCUGGCGUCUGCUCUCCAGGCAGUCAGGGCAGCCUGGCCCUUCCCGCACUGCCAAGCCCCCAAAGGUGCUAGCUUGCCCCCAACCCGCCGUCACGCCCCGCAGGGCAGAGUGAACUCGUGUCAGCCCAUGGGGCAUAGGCUCGGUGCCCAGAGGAGCUGCCUGGGGCCGCCCACAGGCCUCGCCCGGGAAACUCUGCUUGUUUUGUUUGAUGUAAUUUUUAAUCAUAUUUUUGUGAUCCUGUACCAGUGGGAGCCAGGCACCCCACCCCCGCCCACUGGAGCACCCUGCCCAGGGCUGGCCAGCCGCCCCCCCACAUCCCACCUAGCCCUGUACAUAGCCAGAGAGAGGAAUAUUUAUGUACAUAGCGUCUCUAAUGCACAUGAAGUAUCGCCUUGAUAAAUUAUUUUUUGAAUAAAGCCUCUUGCUGGAGGUUUCUUGGCU